ACUUUUUACAGUAUUUGAUGCCAUGUUUGCUCUCAAAUUGCUCUGUUUUCCGUGAAAAUACUCGAUAAUUUGGUGACGAAAUGGAACCAGGAGUUAUUAAGAAGCUCGAUGAGAAUGUUGUGAAUCAAAUUGCAGCAGGAGAAGUGAUUCAGCGUCCGGCAAAUGCUCUAAAAGAGCUCAUUGAAAAUUGUCUCGACGCCAAAGCCACCAACAUUGAGGUGACUGUGAAAUGUGGGGGCAUGAAAAUGUUGCAGAUCCUGGACAAUGGCACAGGUAUUCGGAGGGAAGAUCUGGAAAUUGUCUGUGAACGCUUCACGACGUCAAAGUUGGAGAGAUUCCAUGAAUUGUCUAGGAUUUCUACUUACGGAUUUCGCGGUGAAGCCUUGUCCAGCAUCAGUCACGUCGCCCAUCUGCGGAUCCAGACGAAGACGCGCGACUCUGUGUGCGCCUACAAGGCGCAGUAUGAAGGUGGGAGAUUGAGAGGAGAUCCUGUGCCUUGUGCCGGCAAUCAGGGCACAAUAAUCACGGUUGAAGAUCUGUUUUACAACACACCACAGCGGAGAAACACUCUGAGGACGCCAAAUGAUGAGUAUCAGUUGAUUUACGGCGUGAUAAGCAAAUAUGCCAUCCACAAUCAUCACGUUGGUUUCACGCUGAAGAAGUUUGGCGAAAGUCCAGCCAUAAGAACCACAGCGAAGUCUUCAGUCUUGGACAACAUUCGGGUGAUUUAUGGCAAUUCGGUGGCAACUGAGCUGCUUUCCGUUGAGUUCGCAGAUCAAGCAUUGAAGUUCUCAGCCAGAGGUUUUGUCUCCAAUGGAAGUCACGCGCUGAAGAAGGGCAUUUUCUUGCUGUUCAUCAACAAUCGCCUCGUGGAGUGUGAAACCCUCCGGACGGCCUUGAAUGAACUCUACAGCGCAUUUAUUCCCGCGGGAAAUCAUCCAUUUAUCUACAUGAGUCUCCAAAUUGAUCCUCUGGCCAUCGAUGUCAACAUUCACCCCACAAAGCACGAGGUUCGCUUCCUCCACGAGGAUGUCAUCGUGCAGAGAAUCGUCCAGAAGAUUGAGGAGAAACUGCUGGAAGGGAAGUCUUCGAAGACUUUCUACACGGAAUCUCGAUUGCCGUCGCAGAAAGCGACGAAAAAUCAACCUUCUACUUCGGCAGAGCCCAAAGAAGAGCGCAAAACCACGGAGGAAAGUGCAAAGAUUGUCCGGACGGACAGUCGAGAGGUGAAGAUUGAGAAGUUCUUCUCGCAAUCCUUCACUUCUUCUCCAAUCAUCACGAAGAGUGAGCCAAAGGCAGAAACAUCAACAAAAUCACCAAAAGCACCAAUGCUGACCAGCAUCUUGACGCUGAGAAAGACGGUUGAGGAUAAUUGCAGCGAUCCGCUGCGGAAGAUCAUCAAUGAGUCGAGUUUCGUUGGUGCUGUGGAUAGGAAACACUUCCUGAUUCAAUCGGAGGACAAGAUGUUCCUCUGCGACACCAGGAAGUUGUGUCAGGAACUCUUCUACCAAAUCCUCCUCUAUCACUUCAGGAACUUUGGGAAAAUCGAACUGGAGGAACCCCUGAAGCUGGAGGACUUGGCCAUGAUGGCGCUGGACUCUGAGGAGAGUGGCUGGACGCCAGAGGAUGGCGAGAAGAGUGAUUUGGUGCAAUUAACAGUGGAGAUUCUGUGCGAAAAGGCGCCAAUCAUGAAGGAUUACUACAACUUGAUCAUCAACGCAGAAGAUCACACUCUGAGAACUCUUCCAUUGCUGCUGGCCAGUUUCACGCCGCCCAUGAGCUAUCUGCCCAUGUUCAUUCUGCGUCUGGCCACAGAUGUGGACUGGAAGAGCGAAAAGGAAGGUUUAGAGUCGCUUAGUGAGGAAAUAGCGCGCUUCUACUCAGAACCGGAGUUCUGCGAGGCUGAAGAGCAAGUUUAUGCCAUUCUGGAGCACAUCCUUUAUCCCGCCAUGAAGGAGUAUCUCAUCCCGCCUCGGAGUUUUGCCUCCAACAAGGCAUUCCUCGAGGUUGCAGCGCUUCCGGAACUGCACAAAGUCUUCGAGAGAUGUUGA